AUGUGUUUUGAAAGGAGUCGUCAGGCAAAGCUCAUCCUCUUGAGUAUUCUCGCUGUGGUUUGUGGAGCGAAGCUUCCGAGGCCGAAAUCUUCCCUCAAAUAUGCCACGCUGGACUAUUUCAAGGACGACAAGGACAUCGCCUUGCCCGAAGACGACGACGAGGACAAGCCGCCAACGAUCUUCGAAGGUGACAUCAAGAAAGCAAAGAUCCUGAACCAAGAGAACCUGAAUCAGGGCAAAGGGAAAUUCAAAUACACUCUAGAGACGCAGAAUGGCAUCUCCAUUCAGCAAGCGGGAAAGCUGAAGGACGAGAAGACUUUCGUGGUCAUGGGAAGUUAUUCCUACACAGGCGCCGAUGGGAAGCGAUACAGAGUCAAGUACACAGCCGAUGAGUUCGGAUAUCAUCCCAUAACCGAACUGGAAGUCGACAUUCCAGAAAUUGAGAUACCCGUGAAGAAAUUGGAGCCUCUGAAGCCUCUGAAUUUCAAUUUCAACAACUUCAACCACCUCGAAGCGCCCCCGAAGCCUGCAAAGAUCCAAGUCCGGAAUCCUCAGCAGGACUUCUUUGAGCAUCCCCGAGGGGAGAACCCCUUCGCCAUCACAGACGAGAAGGUGUCUGUGGACCGAAUGUACCUGCCGCCCAGGACGUACUUGCCACCGUCAAAGUGACCUCCUGAAGCCCCAAAAGCUUCCAAAAAGCCGCGCCAGUCAUCAGAUUGAGGUUAAGUUUCAUUAAGUUCAGGGAAUUGUUUCUCACCUGUACUUCCCUUACGUCGUUCACUGCCCCGUAGAAUGUUGAAUAAGAAACAAUAAUAAAUCACAC